GCGCCCGAUCAGUCGCCACCGUCAGUCGAGUGGAGUGAAUCGCAUAGUGCGGACCGACGUCGUCGUUCGCGUGCCACGUACACACACACACACACACAUACACACACACACACACAUGCGUGCGCGCGCACCACACACUGUCGUCCGCGAAAAUCCAACGCCCGCCGCCGCGAUAGUGAAUCAGUGAAACGCUUCACGGGUCAGUGUUUUAAGUUUUUUUCGUCGCAUUUGUUUCGUUAAAAAGUUUUUCGCGCGCGAUCGUGUCGUGCUAGUAGCCGUCGGAAAAAAUUUUCAAUUUUAAAAUAGUAAUUGCCGCGCUCGCUAAUUCGCCCGCCGCCGUUAUCUUGUCCGCGCGCACCCCGUGUGUUUGUGCGUGAAAUAAUCUCGGUUGCGCUCGUGGUUUCUCCUUUCGACCGCGACCCAGGUAUAAAAUAUUAAUCACGUUCUCCUUAGCUCUUUUCAAAAGUGUCCGGUACCGGGUAAAAUCCGGUGUGUUCCAUCGUCAACGUUUUCGUAAGUUUUCGUAUGUAAUUCGUCUUCGUCCCGGCUGAUGUCCCGGCGACUCGACUUCAAUUCUGCCGGAUUGAUCUUAGUAAAUAGACAACAAGUGGAUUUUUGAAGAAUUCUUCUACAAUAAAGUGGUUAUGUAAAGUGGUUUCAUAGAACCUAUAGAAUUUUCAUCUGCACCGAAUACUCCAGUGUCGUACAUCAGUGCAUUGAAGACGUUUCAGUUGAUCCGAGAAGACAAAUAAUAUAUUAAGUGGAUAUCUAUUAUUAUUUUUAAAAAUGGCCACGAACAUGGACGAACAUUUUAGAGUGCAUUUUUCAAUAUCCACGCGGUCCAUUUCCAUUGCGUUCAGCUGAAGUAAUAAUAUUAUGGACUCGGGAUUUAGCAACAUGCUGGAAAACACUAGGAAAUACUUUCAAGGUAUCCCCACGGAUGCAGCCUCCACCGCAGCAGCAGCUGCAGCAGCAGCGGCCGCUCAAUUGCACUUCCCACCGCCGUUGCCUCCGUCGCACCACCUGCACCACAACGGUGGUGGCGGUGGCAGGUCAUCGAUGAACUCGUCGUCGUCGUCGUCAUCGUCGUCCUCGUCGGAACCGUCGUCGGCGGCGGCCACCGACCGGUUCGCAGGCUACCACCCACACUUGCGGUACAACUUUCAACCGUACUCGACGCCGGGCCACUAUCCGCGCACCGCCGUUGACCCCAAGCCCGCGGCAUUCCAACACCACCACUUUCAGCCGCCGUCGUCGCUUCAAUAUCACCAACAGCAACAGCUCCAUCAGCUGCCGCCCUCUGCGUCGUCGUCUUCACCGCCGUCGCCGUACAAGUCGCCGUACACGUUACAACCACUGGCGCCACCGCCGCUGACUGUCAAACAACAACAGCAGCCGCCUCCGUCGCAGUUUAAGCCGAUGUCGAUCGCUCGAUCAUCGCCACCGGCCGCGGCCGCGGGCAAACAGUAUUCGCCGCCCAAACCGCCGCAAUCGCCGUACGCGGUAGUGCCCAAACCGACGUCCGGCGCGCCGCAGCCCCAGUCGCCGUUCACCGCGCCCAAAGAACAGCAGCCGUCGGUGCCCGAGACGCCGCCGCCUUCGCCGCAUUCUUCACACUACUACAACAGGACGUCGCACAGUGGCCUGCAACAACAGGCCAUCGACAGGGAUUACUUGCGGUUCAAACCCAUACAGACGCCGCCGCCGCCGCCCAACAGGUUCCAACCGUUGGAGAGGCCAAAGUCCGAAGUGCCCGUGACCAGCGGGACGGGACUGCAAUCCUCGCACUUGGCCAUCAGGUACGACCCGAAACUCGAACAGCCCCGCAGCGGUGUCAGAGCGGUGCCCAUAGCUCAGGCCAAGCAACCGUCGUCGUCAUCGUCGUCGUCUUCGUCGGCAACGGCAGCGGCCGUAGCGGCAGCGCAACACGACGUUAAUCGAGUGAUCGUGCAGAAACCCGAACCAUUGCGGUAUCAUCAGCAGCAACAGCAACAGCAACUUACCAACAACCUCCCUCAAAGAUCGUCGUCGUCGUCAGACGACCAUCAUCAUCGUCAUCAUAAACGUCCGGCCUCGGUGCAGCCGUCGUACUUGGAUUCCAGACCGUUCCAGAUAAAGUACGACGGCGGCAGCGGCAACAACAACAGCAACGGCAGCAGUAGCAACGGCAGCAGCGGCAGUGGCCAGUCUUCGUCCACGUCGUCGUAUCACAGGCCAUUCGCCGUGACACCGCAAUCACUGACUCCGUCGUCGUCGCAGGCCUCCCCCGCCAUUAUCGUAUCCAGCAUGGACCAUCGCUGGGCCGCGUUCGACGGCAGGGCGCCACCCGCGUUCUUGCAACAGUCGUCGUCGUCCUCGGCAGCGGCGGUCAUCAACGGUUACCACCACCACCAUCGGCCGCCACCGAUGCCGCCGUCAACUUCGUCGUCGCUUCCGGCAACCGUGGUCACCCAGCACCAUCAACACCAUUCGUUGUCCAGACAGCAGCAACAGUCGCAACACUAUCCGCUCAACUUGCACAAGCUCACGCAGCCCGCUCGACCGGCCACCGCUGCCGGCCAACUGCAACAGCCGGUGAAAUUGGCCCAAGAAAACAAUGGUACGAGCGCUCCGACCAAACUGCGAUUCGAAACCACGAAACGUGAGUCUCCGCUUGACCUGUCAGUGAAGACCGUGUGUCGAUCUGCCGACUCAACCGAUGAUCGGUUAAAUCCGUUCGGGCACGACAUACCCAAAGUGAAUUUCAAACCGGACUUCAACAGGUCUUUACCGGGGACAGCUACGGCGCCACCCCCGCAGACUGCAGUUGUCGUCGUCGGAGGCCAACAGCACCAACAGCACAACAACGCCGCCGCCACCGCCACUGCCUAUAACCAUCACCACCAUCAGCAGUUCGCUGCUCAGAUGUCGCUUUCGCUUCCACCGCCGACGCCGCUACCGCCGCCGCCGUCUCAGACCGUGGUCGUAGUGCAAUCUUCGCCGCAGCAACCGUUACCGUCGGCGGCGGCCGCCCCAACGACUCCACUGCCACCGGUAGUGCGUCCACACCACCACCCUCACGCCAACAACACGGUGCCACCGUUGUCGUCGGCGGACGAAGCUUGGCGGGCGGCCAUAGACAGGCAGAUCGAACAGAAAUUUAACUCGUACACUUCGUCCAAAAAACAUCAUCCACAUCCGCUACACCAGUAUCCUCAGCUUCUGCAGCAUCAGCAACUGCACCAUCCGAUUCCGUCGAACGCGAUGGAACUACAUCAGCAGCAGCAACAGCAGCCUCCGCCGUCGCAGCAACAGCAGCAACAGCAAGGUCCUGCUCAGGCCGACAAGCGCGUGUUGGAGAUACUCAAGCAGAAUAUCGAGGCGCGCGACCAGAGCAGUCGGCCGCAGAUUGCCGAGGCGCCUUCUACGCCGGCCAUGGUAUUUUCGACGCCCAUUCGGAAGGAACCGUCAACCACGCCCCUUAAGAAAACCGACUAUUACAUGGCCGAGCGCACGGCUGUCACACCGUUCCCGAAGAAGAUCGACUACUACAUGGACAGGGCGUAUUGCAACGCUCCAAGGAUUCGGACCAAAGCCGAGAGGAAACAGAUAUCUGCCGAAGGGUCGUCCAGUGGCACGAGAAUGAGCAGCCCAAUGGCUGCUGCCACAGCUAUAUCACCUCACCCAUUUUUGCCAUCAAAUAACAGCGUACCUCAAACAAAACAAGAACCGACUCCGCUCACACAAACUGAAUCGGUUAUAGAUCUCAAGCUUGAAAUCAAACGAGAACCGUCGCCCACAAAAGAACCAGAUCUGAACUUGUUAAAAAAAGAAGAAACUGAGAAAGAUGAGGACGACGAAGACUUCUGGACGAACACAUGCAAUUCAUUUGUAGUGCAGUUGGCUGAAACUCAAGAAAAGAAAAAAGUUAAAACGCCAGUUAAAAGGAAAUCGCCAAAAGAAUUGCAACCACAACCACCUAAAAGAAAGUACACAAAACGAAUAAAAAUCGAACCUAUUGCUGAAACCGAUAAAGACAAUAAAUUAUCAGAUGUUCAAAAUGAGUCAAAAUCAAUAGAAGAAGUGAAGUCGGAAAAGUCAUCUCUCUUAGAAAAUGUCGUUUGUGAAGAAAAAACACAGAAAGACGCAGAACCUUCGGAUAUGGACAAAGAAAAUAAAACAAAACUAGAAGACACAGAAAAGACUGUGGAUGAUAUUAAAGACAAAGAAGACAACGAGAAAAAAUCAGCUAAAGGAAAACCCAGAAGAAAUAAACGAAUCAUUAUUAAGCCAUUGAAAGUCAAGAAAAUAAAGAAAGAACAUAAGAAAGAGCUAAAAAUAAAAGAGCUGAAAAAAGAAACGAAAAAAGAAGAAAAGAAGGAACUGAAAAAGGCAGAAAAGAAAGACAAAGACACUGUUAAGAAAGAGCAACUGCCAAAACUGGAAAAGAAAGAGCUGGCGGUAUUGACAAAAGAAGAGAAGAAAGGACUGAAAAAAGAAGAAAAACGCGAUCUCAAGAAAGAUCAACAACAAUCGGAUCACGGCAACAAAAAAGAUCUCAACAACAAGAAAGAAAGUAAAAAAGCCGAAGCUAACCGAAAAAGAGUUGUGGUGGAAAAAGAAAACCUGACAAAAAACAUCGAAAACACGUCGAGGAGAUCUGCCGCCGCCGCAGCCAUCGAAGUAGCCGGCAAGCUCAAUCCCAGACAGUCGUUGAGGCGAAAGAACUCUUUAAAAGAUUACACGUUCGCUUUUGACGAGUUAUUAGACGAUGCGUUCUCGCAUUUCGAAACUGUCAAAAUCCCAGUGAAGAGGAGACGGAAGUGCGCAUCACCGUCGCCAACUCCUGCUCCAACAGUAGUCGCCGCUGCGGUUGGUCCAACACAGUUGAUCGCCGUCGUCAAGAAGACCAAAGAAAAGGAUAACGAAACGAUUCGGAUGCGGUUGCGGUCUAGGAACAGACCGCUGUUGGCCAAACAGGAACCACAACAGGCUUUAUCCAAGAAGAAAGCUAACGUGAAAAACAAAAUCAUUCCAAAAAGACGGCGUAAAAAGUCGCUUGGCGAGAAGUCUGCUCAUACCGUCGUCGCAACCACGGAAGACUGGAAGGACGAGUUGUACAAGUUCAAGCGGUCGUUGCGCCUACCGUCCAAACUCAUAUCUGUAGUGUCACCGCCGACCGCCGGAGCCGUAGCUGCUGACCAGGUGUCGUUGACCUCAAUCAUGAACAUUCCGCCGCCGCCAAAGCCGGGUAAGGAACCUAAAGCGGCCAAGUUGGCGGCGUGCCAAUCGUCACAGGCAGGAGGACCCGGCGGAGUAGUUGGCAAGAACAAGCCAAAACGGUUGGGUGGCCACAUGUUCGGGCGCCGGGAUGUCAUGUUCAAGGGACGGCGUAUGAUGAAGCGUGAGAAGAUCGUGUCCGCGGAGAAGUUAAUGCAACGGAACUUGCGAAAGAGACGGCAGCGCGAAGACGAGGUAAUGAAAAAGGGGUGUGCCGGCGAAGAGGCCACCGCGUCUCAUUUUGACGACGAAGACGAGGAGGAGGUGCGUGCCGGAGACGAAGAGGACGAAGAAGAUGACGAUGGUGGUGCAACUGGGGCUAGUGGUGUAAAACCACCGGCGCGCAUGCUGUUCAAACGGAAGUUAAUGCGCAAAAAGUUUCGGUCGGGGUUCGACUACAUCAAAAAGAAGAAGAAGAAGGAACCGUUAUCGGACAAAAAACCCACUAUGGUGAUAACCACCACUGCCGCCUCCGCCUCCAUUCCGCCAAGCGCGCCGCGUUAUGUGUCGGAAAUCCACGCCGAAAUCAAAGGGUGGAUAGUCAACAAGGGACAUGGCGAAACAGUACUCCACCGGGCCGCCAGACUAGGGGUCGACGACGUCGUGGGUUAUUGCAUGGAAAAACUUGAGUACGCUCCAUCGGUGGCUGACAACGCGGGGUACACGCCGUUACACGAAGCGUGUUCACAGGGCCAUUAUCACAUUGCCAAGUUGUUGCUUCUGUUCGGGGCAGAUGUCAGCGCCAGCGCUCAAGGAGGCAUACGGCCUCUACACGAAGCUGUAGAAAAUGGAGACGUGCACCUGGUACGUUUGUUACUCAGUUAUGGUGCCGACCCGCAUUUGGCUACGUACUCGGGACAGUCGCCACUGUCUUUAGCCACGGACAAACAGACCAGAAUGCUACUGGAACAUCAUGUCAACGACGUCCAAGGUUAUGGUAGCGCGUCCGUGUGGAAUUUUGAUGACUCUACACUGACCCGUGAACCAGAGGACGUAGAUCGACUGCUAUGGUGUCUGCCGCCGGCCCCGUCACCGGCGCCGACCGAUGACGGUCCGUCGUUCGAAUUCGAAUUCGCCGACCAAUCGUUGCCGGACGUUUACAAACUGCCAUCCUACGAGAGUGCUGAAGAUCGGACGGACGACGACGAUUGGGUGCUGUUCGCGGACGUUUCGACGGCGCUGUCCGUGAAGACGGCCGACGCGCUCGUCAAACUGUUGGACGACGAAAACGCCGUGACGGCAGUUCCGGCGGACCGGUUCAAAGAGCGCGCGGUGCUCCGGAAAUCGUUGGGCCGACAACCAGUCGCGGUGCCGUCCGCCACCGCAGCCAGUAAAUCUGGCGCCGCCGAACGUCCGCCCAAAGACGACAACGACUCUUUAGCCGCGAAGCAAGCCUCGUCUACGUCGUCCACAUCGGCCUCCGCAGUCGUGUCCACUUCCUCCACAGCCACCACAAUCUCCACCGCGGCCGCCACUACGAAUACUACUACUACCGCAAAUACUACCUCCGCCGUAUCCUCCUCCUCCACAUCGACAUCCGGUGACGAACAAAUACUCUUCGUCCGUUACGACCGCAAACUCAAACAGCUGUUGGGCGUGGACGUGUACACAGUGAGUUGACGUCGUCGUCAGAAUUACCAUCAUCAUAAUCAUCAUCAUCAUCAAUAGGCGGCCGUGCGCACACACACACAGGACGAGUUACCGUGUUAUGUUGUUGUUUUUAUUAUUAUUAUUUUUUUUUCUACUACUAAGUUUAGGAAUUGCCAUUUGACAUAUUUUUCGAUUUUAUGUUUAAGCAACAUUUCUUUUUGUACUUAAAUAAGUUACCCAACUGUUUUUUUUUAUUUCUUAUGACGCAUUUUGAACAAGUUGAAAAAGAUUGACAAUUUAUGUUUUGGUUGGUUAGUUUUUUAAAAUUGGACACAUCAACCGAACCAGCAGACGUGUUUAGUAUUAUUUAAAAAAAAAAAAUUAUAAUUUUGUUAUUUUAAAUGAUUUUGGUAUACCUCUUUGUUAAUGUUUACAUUAAGUUUUAAUUAAUGUUUAUUAUUAUUAUUAUUAUUAUUAUAUUGUAUAAAAAUAUAAUAUUUACUUUUUUUUUAACAGCUGUUUUGUUUGGUAUUUUUUUCCAUGUGCUAAUAUAUAUAUUACGUGCAAUUUUAUUAUACAAUUAUUUUAUUAUUAUUACUAUGAUUAUUAUUUUAUUAUAUCUUUUUUUUAGCAAUUUAAAUGAAUUUAAAACGCGACUUAUUCGCUUGUAAUUAUUACAAUUCUUAGCUCAUUUUGUUUCUAUAAUGUAUACAAUUUAAUAUAAUAUAUAUAUAUUUAUCGUAUUAAACAUUCUUUUUUUGGUGUAUUGUGAUGUUUAGAUAGGUGUUCUAUACUUUAUUUUGGCGUGUUUAAUUAUCUACAAAACAAAAUUAUGCCUAAAAUAGUUAAAUUUAAUAUAAUAUAUAUACUUACAUAAUGUUUGUGCGUGUGUUUAUACACAAUAUUAUAAAUAUUCAAUUUUGUAUGUAAUUUAAAAAAAAAACAAAAUCUCUAUGUAUAAUUGUCUAAAUCGUAUAUUCAUGUUUAUAGUUAUAAUUAAGUAAUUUUAAUUAUAUAUAAAUUAAUUAAAGAACAGCAGUUGUACAUAGUUUAUAAAUACAAUUUUUUUCUGUUUCUAA